UCGCUGCAGUGAGCUGGGUGAUGACGUCAGCGGAUGGCGCAGGAAGAUAGGACUGCAUGAACAAACACCGAGCUCUUUUGAAUCGGCUAUAAAAACAAAAUACAAAAACAAAACAUGAUACUGUGGACUAGUCGAGGUUUCCGUGAGCAUAAUGUGGUAACAUUUACAGCUUAAAAAAUAAAAAUAAAGAAAACGUCGUGGGAAUGUCGCUCGCGGGAAAUCUCCAUCAACGUCGACCACUGGGGGAUGCGUAAGAUGGAGCGUCACAACCUGCGAGGCGUCAAAACACAGCGGGACCUAGGAGCAUGGCGCUUAAGGACGCACCGUGGAGCCAUCGGUUAGCCAUCUUGGCCGCAGUCUUCAUCUUGAUGACGCUCUUCAUCCUCUACAACUCCAACACCAGCAACGAAACAUACGCGCCCUUCACCGUGGUCAGAAACCACACCCCCAAGACCACAGACCUAAAGAAGUGGGCCACCAAAGACUGUUACGUGCCCGUUCAGGGGAAUAAGAGCAUGACUUUGCGAUGUCACCAAUGCGCCUUGGUCACCAGCUCCAGCCACGUCCUGGGCAGCAAUGCCGGGAAGGAGAUCGACGCCACGAAUUGCGUCAUCCGCAUGAACGAUGCCCCUACGACGGGUUACUUUGCUGACGUGGGCAAACGGACAACCCUGAGGGUGGUCGCCCACUCUAGCGUGUACAGGGUGGUCCGGCAGCCUAAAGAGUUCCUGAGCGGCGCGGACAGCAAACCCAUCAUCAUCUUCUGGGGACCCCCAAGCAAAAUGACUAAGGACUCCAAAGCAGCCGUGUAUAGAUCCAUCCAGACAAUCCACGCCACUUACGCCAAUGUGUCUUGUUUCACCGUGGCGCCCAGCAAAAUGAGCAAAUUUGACAGCCUGUUCCAACGAGAGACCGGACGAGACAGACAAAAAUCACACUCAUGGUUGAGCACUGGCUGGUUCACCAUGGUCAUCGCCAUUGAAAUAUGCGACAAUAUCAAAGUGUACGGGAUGGUUCCGCCCAAUCACUGCCAGAAUAGGAUGGGAUCCAAAAAGCUGCCGUAUCACUACUACAAACCGAGGGGCUCGGACGAAUGUGAGACUUACGUGGAGAACGAGAACAACAAAGUAGGGAGCCACCAUCGCUUCAUCACUGAAAAGCAGGUGUUUUCGCGCUGGGCGCAUCAGUACAAUGUCACCUUCGCUUAUCCCGCUUGGUGACAGUACAGACCUCUUUCCCUUUGCCCGCGCACGGGUAAAUACCGGCAACUAGCCGAGUGACGACAUUGACUUUCAGGGAUCACUACAAGGAACCAAACUAGAAGAGGACCGAAUGUUUUUGUUCGCGUCAAAAGUGAUGCCCUUAUGUUUCCCGCGUUGAGCAGGCAUUAUUAUUUAUCGGCCGGUACAGUAAGACACCUCUGGCAAAAAAAAGCUUAAAAAGAUACAAGUGCGCUCCACAGGGAAGCCUUUUGGGGGGUUUUAAGGUAGAUUAGGAAGAAAUGAGCUUGCUUUCCGGGGAUGAAGCCAUGAAAAGCAGCUGCAACUUGUUUGUAAUAACGACGACCAUGUUAUAUUUGGUUUGUUUCAUCCGUGUAUUUAUUUCAGAUUUAUACAAAUUCUAUUAAGUGAAUUUUUUGCACUGAUGUGUUAUAUACAAGGUUAAGAUCAAAUGUAUGAAUGUCCUUGUGAAGAUUUGCAACAAUAAAAUUAUGUGGGAAAAAAACUUACCAUUGUUGUGGGGAAAAAAA